GCCGUUUGCCCUCUGGAGGGUGGGGCCGUUUUGCCUCGGCGCACAUGCGCCGCGGAGUCCGCCUCAGCGUCUCGCCCCGCCCGGCGUCCCGGGAGCCGAGCCUUUGCGUCAGCGCGCUGCCCGGCCCCGGCGCCGGUUUGAACGCGGUUCCCUGGGAGACCGCCGAGCCGCGGCGAGCAUGGAGCCGCGCGUCGUGAAGCCGCCGGGGCAGGAUUUGCUAGUGGAGCGUCUGAAGAGCCGCUACGGGCUCGGGGGCGGCGGCGCCGGCGAGGUGAUGUGGAUGUCUGCUGCUCUGGAGAUAAGGUCGGCUCAUCAGGAAGAUGUUAUUCUGAGGAGAGGAGGCACUGUGUGAUGCCUUUUUGCAGUUCAUUCAAACACUUGGAGGGGAAUCGCCUAGAUGGUGAACUGGAUUCUUUUCAUGGUUUGAAGAAACAGGAAACAGAAGAAGAAUUAAUUGAAAAUGAUCAUGGAGUUAAUACCCCCACAAUGACCAAGCGGUCCUUCAAAGAAAUGGAAAAAGUUGCCCUCCUGACGAACGCAGCCUCAGGACCUCGUGCUGAGUGGGGUGGCGAUGCCAGAGACGUCCCUCUGCGGCGCACCGGCUGUCCAAACUUGAGAGUGUCACACAAGCAGGGUUUGCUUCCUCCUCAGAUAAAUCAGAUAUAUGAAGAGUUAUUUCAGAUUCACCUGAAGCUGCAGUGCGAGAGCGCCGCCCAGCGGAACUUCGCGGAAGAGCUCCAGAGGCGAGAACGCUUUUUAACUGAGAGAGAACAACUGCUUUUCAGACAUGAAGAUGCCUUGAAUAAAAUCAAAGGUGUUGAGGAGGAGGUUCUCACAAGAUUUCAGAUUAUGAAGGAGCAACACAGUGCAGAAGUUGAACAUUUAACUGAAGUUCUUAAGGAGAGAAAUAAAGAAAGCAAGAGACUGAGGUCCUCUUUUGAUGCACUGAAAGAAUUGAAUGAUAACUUAAAAAAACAGUUAAAUGAAGUAUGUGAAGAAAACAGGAAGAUGGAGAUUCAGGCGAAGAGAGUUCAGGCCCGCUUAGAUAACCUACAGAGGAAGUAUGAAUUUAUGACAAUACAGAGAUUGAAAGGAAGUUCCCAUGCUGCUCAUGAAAUGAAAAGCUUAAAGCAAGAAAAAGUACCAGCUUCAAAAACUUUUAAGGUACCACUUAAUGGGCAGGUAUAUGAACUUCUAACUGUCUUCAUGGACUGGAUUUCGGAACAUCACCUUAGCAAAGUGAAACACGAAGAACCUGACGUGGAUGGUGAAAAGCUGCCCCUCAAAUCUGCUGCUCAGAGAAGUGAUAUUCAAGAGAAGUGUGUAAAGCUCUUGCCUGUGCUGACGGAGCAGCUGCAGUGUCUGCCGCUGGUCAGUGCCCGGCUCCACGAGCCGCUCAUCAGGUUCAUCUACUGGUCCCUCCGGCAGCUGGAUGCAGGAGCGCAGCAUUCAACUAUGACAUCAACAUUGCGGCGAUUGGGUGAAGACAUAUUUAAAGGUGUGGUAAUUAAAGGAGUUCAGGAUAAUUCUUCAGAGUAUUCUGUGGAGGUUAAACCAAAGACAGCUGCUUUUUUUAAGAGUGCGAAUUUGCCAUUGCGAUUUUUAUCAACCCUCAUCGUUCUCAAAACAAUCACUCAAGCUGACUACCUGGCCCAGGCGUUUGACUCCCUUUGCGUGGACUUGAAGACAGAUGAAGGGAAAGCCUUGUUUCUGGAGUACCAAGCAGUUCCAGUGGUUCUGGGGCAUCUGCGGAUAUCCAGCAAGGGCCUCCUCUCCAAUGUCAUUGACAGUUUGCUGCAGAUGACGGUAGAGUCCAAAGCUCUGCAACCUUUCCUGGAAGCCUGCAGCAACUCUUUAUUUUUUCGUACUUGUUCUGUGCUGCUUCGAACCCCUAAGCUUGAUCUUCAGAUCCUAGAAAAGCUCAGUAUUAUUCUCCAGAAACUUUCGAAAAUCAAGAGUAACAAGAAGCUCUUUGAACUUUUUACCAUUCACCUGAUGCUUCAAGAGUUACAGCGGACCACGCAUCCGGAGCACGCCUUCCUCUGCAUCAACCUGAACUCCACGCUGUUCAAUUUGGGACUGACGAAAGGCAGCUGCCUGGCCUCCAGUGCAGGCCAUUAGACUGGCUUGUUUAUAUUUCUACAGUAUAUAUCUGUUGCUUAGUUGUAAAAAAGAAAACUCGACAAAGUAGCUGAAAUUUUACCAAGUUACCAGUAACAUCAUUUAUCAUGACAGAUAACCAGGAAAAUUUUUUCAGCUUGGUAAAUGAAAUCUGUAGGUGCUGUGGACUUUUUGAAAUAUUUUUUAAGGUAAUAUGAAUGUACAAGAUGGCAUUUCCAGAAUUUAUGACACUGGCAUUACUUUUUAUAAAAGUAUCUUAGGAAAAUUCUUUCUUAAAAUUAUGUCAUUAUUUGGAAUAAAAUUGGUGCUUAUGGGGGAACAGAUAAACCAUGUUUUCAUAAUAUAGUAGAAUCCUCCAUUUGGGAGGCAAAGUAUGUAUUUUCUAAGCUCUUUCUUCUUUCGUGGUGCUGAGGAUCCAAGCCAGAGACUCACGCCUGCCAAGCACGUGCCCUGCCCGGAGCUGGCACCCUGGCUACAGCACAUGCCCAAGCACUGGUCUUCAUGUCACAACACACACCGUGACCUGUGGGUUCACCCAGGAAGCUGGGCUGGGUCAGCACUGAAAAAUCAAUUAAUGUGAGCAUUCAUGUGACAGGCCUAAGAAUAAAGAUCUUGUGAUCGUA